AUGGAUAUUCACAUCGCGGUCGUCGUGCUCUGUUUGCUUGUACGCUGCACCUACGCCGAGAUUCUCGCAGGUUUUGAUCCAAGAGAAUCCAUAGAUGAUCCCUCAACAACAAUUGGGAAGAAAAUCGUCGACGAAGAUGACCGAAGAAUUGUCGGUGGUUACAAAACCACAAUUUCCGAGCAUCCCUAUCAAGUUUUCUUGCGAUACAAUGGACGCUAUCGUUGCGGGGGUGCCAUACUCUCGGAGGAAUGGAUCAUCACAGCAGCGCACUGUUUAAAAUCAGUAUUCCCAAGCUCAUUGUCGAUAAAAGCUGGUUCGUCGACGCUGAGUGGUCGAGGUCAGGUCAAAACUGCGCGUGAGAUAAUCGUCCACGAAGACUACAGUGCGCGCGAGUCCGACUACGACAUCGCCGUUAUCCAACUUGAGUCGCCGUUGCAGUUCAACCGGAACGUACAACCGAUCGACUUGGCUUCCCACUCCGAUGACUAUUCAGAUGGUAGUGAAGCUACGACCUCCGUCACUUUGUUAGCCAACUCCGAGUGCCAACGAUUAUACGGACGUAAACGCAUUACUAACAGGAUGCUAUGUGCUGGCACUGGUGGCAGUGAUGCUUGCCAGGGCGACAGUGGUGGGCCAUUGGUGCAAGAUGGUCGGCUGAUCGGCGUAGUAUCGUGGGGUUUCGGCUGUGCCGAGGCUGCCUACCCUGGCGUUUACACGCGGGUCACGGCGUUGCGCGCCUGGAUCAGCGAAAAGACUGGAUACACGCAUUUAGCAUCAACCGACGACAAAAGACCAACAAGUACAUCAUCGUUGGCUAGCACUGCUCCAAUGUCCAGCUAUGCAUAUCAAGAAAAAUACUCAAAUACCGAGAAAACUAACGGCACUAUGCCACUAGCCAACAUGAGAAUCACCUUGUCACUACUCGCUGUACUCCUCGUCGAUCGUCAUUUCGUGUACGCAGAACGAUCAUUGUUGCCGGACCAUCGUAUAGUAGGUGGUGUCGAGGUGGACAUAGUACGGCAUCCUUAUCAGCUAACGUUACAGCGCUCGGGAUUGCACACUUGCGGCGCUUCGAUCAUAAGCCGGAAGUGGGCCGUCACCGCUGGUCACUGUGUCGGAGCCGAGACGUCGCUGUAUCGCAUCGGAGCUGGCAGUAGUAGCCGUAUCCAUGGCACUUUUCAUAAAGUCGCCAAAGUUAUACGUCAUCCCAACUACGAUUCUGCUGCCAUAGAUUACGAUAUAGCGCUGUUAAAGAUUGAGGACGAGUUCCAGUAUGGAGACAACAUGCGACCCAUCAAUCUACCCGAGAGAGAACUGCUGUCUGGCGAGAUUGUCAACGUGACUGGAUGGGGUGCCACCUCGCAAGGAGGAGCGAGUUCCGAGCAACUGAUGCGAGUGACACUGCCAAUAGUCGACCGCAAGACAUGCGAGGACGUCUAUACACGAGUAAAACCCAUCACCCAACGCAUGAUUUGCGCUGGUCAGUUGAAAACCGGCGGUAAAGACUCUUGCCAAGGUGAUUCUGGUGGACCUCUGAGUGCUAACAAUACACUCUAUGGAAUCGUGUCUUGGGGACAAGGCUGCGCUCAACCUCAUUACCCCGGCGUCUAUUCGAAUGUAGUUUUCUUGCGGCCGUGGAUCACCAAUGUGACUGGCAUUUAAAAGUGUUAUUGACAAGCGGGAAAUACACGAUGUCAAAAUUAUUUGAAGUCGUCGAUAUUAUUUUUUUUUUGCUUUAUUUCUGAGAUUUAUCGAAAAUUGUUACCUUUGGAAUUGCACGGUGUUGUAGAUAUGUGAAAAAUGAACUCUCCGGAUACAUCUCUAUGACUUAUUUAUUGUCAAUGUAAAAAUUAAAGAAAAGAACUUGUUAACUGAUGUUUCCAAGUAAUUUU